AUGAGCAGACCCUACUCACCUACAAGAAGCAGAGCAGAGAAGAUUGUCGGACAGUUGAGCGAGUUAACAUUGGGACACAAAGAUCAAGUAUGUGACUUCGAGAAUAAAGGAGGCAGAAGAGAGAGUGGAGAUCUUGGAAACAGCCAUAAAGGAUCUUAGGGAGACUUUGGAAGGGAAGAUCUCCAAAAUAAAGGAGGGCUUGGAAUAUGUGGAAUAGGUGUUGAGCGAAUAAGAACCAAAGCAGGCAUGGAUGAAUAAUAGAUGGUUGAGGAUAUGAAGAAGGCGGAGGAGAGUGUAAAUGAAAAGUUGGAGGAGUUGAGCAAGUAGAGAGAGGAAAGUUAAUAGAAGUUCAAUGAAUAGGUUGAGAAGGAUAUCCAGGAAUUGAGAGAGCAGAUCAGUCAGGAGAAGAGUGAGAGGAAUCAAUCAAUCAAGGAGAUAAAUGAUUGUUUAGAGAGUGAUUUGCCACAGUUGCAGGAGAUGUUGCAGUAGAAUAUAAAGGAAAGGGAUGAGAUGGAUAGAAACAUCAAUACAAGAUUGACUGAGGAAUUGCAGAGGCUGUCCCAGAUUAUUUAACAGGAGAAGGUGAGCAGACAAUAGGGAGAGCAGAGUCUGUUUGAGAUGUUGAAGGACGUGGUCAAUAGAAUUAAGAAAGAGAUAGACGAGGAGAAAGGGCAGAGAGAGGUCACUGAGAAUGAUGUCCUCAGUGUGUUGGAGGAGACUCUGAAUAAAAUUUUAGCAGCUCAAGAUCAUUGA